UGUGCGGAACAACAAGUCCCAGCGAGGGGUGUGUGUGUAUAUGUGUGUGUGUUAAAGAGGGAGGGAGGGAGCGGGGUGAUAGUUACAAUCGUAGUUGGAAGCUUCAAGGAAGUCCGGCGACUUUUGACAACCCGCGUUCUCCAGUCUUGCCUCGAGGCAGCGUCGUUUUGAAACAUCCUCUGGCGGCCAGCCAAAGAAGAAAUGCCCAAGGAGCUACAUGAGGCCAGAUGAGAGGAGCAGUCUAGCAGUAAGCAGGUUGCAGCCCUGCAGGUCACUCAUCUCCCCAAGCCUUUUGUUCAUGUGAAUCAGAAUCUUGGCACAGAGGAAGGUUUCCACAGGAAAAUAUUUGGAGUAACCUGGGCUAAAGUGGAGGCUCUGGUGUUAAAAUAUGCAGAAGAAAACUGAGUUGAAAUAGACGAAAAUACAGAAUUGGCAGCAGGUCUUAACAUUGAGCAGCCAUGGCUGCUCAAUCAUUGGACUCCCCUCCCAAUCCAAGCUGUAAAAUUAUGACAUUCCAACCAACAAUGGAUGAAUUCAAGGAUUUUAACAAAUACUUGGCGUAUAUGGAAUCAAAAGGUGCUCACCGUGCUGGUUUAGCAAAGGUGAUUCCUCCUAAGGAAUGGAAGCCAAGAAAAAGUUAUGAUGAUAUUGAUGAUCUGAUGAUUCCAGCUCCUAUUCAACAGAUGGUAACUGGUCAAUCAGGUCUCUUCACUCAAUACAAUAUUCAAAAAAAGCCAAUGACUGUGAAAGAAUUUAGGCAACUUGCUAAUAGUGACAAAUAUUGUACUCCAAGACAUUUAGAUUUUGAAGACUUAGAACGUAAAUACUGGAAAAAUUUAACUUUUGUGGCACCAAUCUAUGGAGCAGAUAUUAAUGGAAGCAUAUAUAACGAAGGUGUAAAGGAAUGGAAUAUCGCUCAUCUCAAUACCAUAUUGGAUAUUGUAGAAGAAGAUUGUGGAAUCUCAAUUGAGGGAGUCAACACUCCAUAUUUGUAUUUUGGAAUGUGGAAAACAACAUUUGCAUGGCACACUGAAGAUAUGGAUCUCUACAGUAUUAAUUAUCUCCACUUUGGAGAACCAAAAUCCUGGUAUGCUAUUCCUCCAGAGCAUGGAAAGCGACUUGAACGACUUGCUCAAGGAUUUUUCCCAAGCAGUUCUCAAGGAUGUGAUGCUUUUCUACGCCAUAAGAUGACAUUAAUAUCUCCCUCAAUAUUGAAAAAAUACGGAAUUCCUUUUAAUAAAAUCACACAGGAGGCUGGAGAAUUUAUGAUCACUUUCCCAUAUGGAUACCAUGCAGGAUAUAAUCAUGGUUUCAACUGUGCAGAAUCAACAAACUUUGCAACAAUUAGAUGGAUUGAUUAUGGAAAAGUAGCUAAAUUGUGUACCUGUAGAAAAGACAUGGUGACAAUAUCAAUGGACAUCUUUGUGAGAAAAUUUCAGCCAGAUAGAUACCAACUGUGGAAACAAGGAAAAGAUUUAUAUAAUAUUGAUCAUACAAAACCCACCCCUGAAACCACACCUGAGGUAAAGGCCUGGUUGCAAAGAAGAAAGAAAACGAAGAGAUGUUCCAGCUUCCAGCAUACCCGAUCACGAUCAAAAAAGCUUAAAACUCCUGAAGACAAGAAGCCAUCAACCAUAGAGGUUGGUACAGAAAUCACAGCUACUGAAGCAGCUACAGAUUGCUUCAAGGUCAAAGACAAACCAUCAGAAAAAGUAAAGCCAGGAGACACAGGAGUGCCUUCUGGGGAAGAACAAGUCUCAAGCAGGAUGCACAUAGAUCAAAAUUUAUUGGAUAACAAAAAGAUACUGGGUCAUUCCCCUUCAAGCUCACAACUUGAUCAAGUUCCUGAAAUGCAUAAUAUAGAAUCAGAAAAGGAAGAGAAAGAAGUCUCUGACCUUGCACGUAUUUUUUCUGAAGAAUCUAAAGUGGCUUUGCUUUCAUAUCCUGACUGCAAUCAAGAUGUUUUAAAAACUUCAAAUAUUUCAAGGCAAACUUCUGAGAAUGCUGCUUCUGAAAUGGAGAACUUUGAGAAAGAAGAAAUUAGUAGUGUAUCCACAGAAGAGGAUGAGAUUAGUGAUGCUGAAAGCAAUAAAAGUGGUCUGGAACCUGGGGAAAUAUCAACGAUAUUUGAAGGAGAAAAAAGCAAAACAUCAAAAAGUUGGCGUCAUCCGCUAAAUAAACCUCCUGCCAGAUCUCCUAUGACGUUGGUUAAACAGCAGGCAAUAAGUGACGAAGAACUGCCUGAGGUUCCCUUAAUUGAAGAGGAAGUACAAGAAACAGAAUCCUGGGCCAAGCCUCUAGUCUAUCUUUGGCAGAACAGAAUACCAAAUUUUACUGCUGAAAAGGAGCACAAUGCAGCUGUUGCCAAGUUGGAACCCUAUUGUGCCAUUUGCACACUCCUCAAACCUUACUAUAAGGCUGAUAAACCUAAUGAAGAAAUAUAUGCCUGGUCAGAAACAAAGCAAAAAGAAAUAUGUAUGUCCAUUGAAAAGACAAAACCACUUAUUCCAGAGAUAUGUUUUAUUUAUAGCGAGGAGAAUACAGAAAACUAUCCAUCCAAUGGCUUUAUUGAAGAAGAUGGGACUAGUAUACUAAUAUCCUGUGCAAAAUGUUGUGUACAGGUCCAUGCAAGUUGCUAUGGUAUUCCUUCCCAUGAAAUCCACGAUGGAUGGCUUUGUUGUAGAUGCAAAAGAGGAGCCUGGACAGCUGAAUGUUGUCUCUGUAAUUUGAGAGGUGGAGCACUCAAGCAAACUACUGACAAAAAGUGGGCUCAUGUCAUGUGUGCAAUUGCUAUACCUGAAGUCAGGUUUGGUAAUGUCACAGAGAGAACACCAAUAGACACGACCAGGAUACCUUUGCAGAGAUUGAAACUGAAAUGUAUCUUCUGUCGACAAAGAAUUAAGAAAAUAUCUGGUGCUUGCAUCCAGUGCUCCUAUGGACGUUGCCCAGCUUCAUUCCAUGUCACAUGUGCUCAUGCUGCUGGGGUGUUGAUGGAACCAGAUGACUGGCCUUACGUGGUCUAUAUUACGUGCUUCAGGCACAAAAUAAGCCAAAAUGUGAAAACCAAACCCUUUGAGAAAGCUGUCUCAGUUGGGCAAACUGUCAUAGCAAAACACAGAAAUACACGCUAUUACAGCUGCAGAGUAAUAGAAGUUACAUCACAAGUUUUCUAUGAAGUUAUGUUUGAUGAUGGCUCCUUUAGUCGGGACACCUUCCCUGAAGAUAUUGUAAGCAGAGACUGCCUGAAGCUUGGCCCACCUGCAGAGGGAGAAGUUGUUCAAGUAAAAUGGCCAGAUGGAAAACUUUAUGGUGCAAAAUAUUUUGGAACCAAUGUAGCAUAUAUGUACAAUGUAGAAUUUGAAGAUGGCUCCCAGAUAGCAACAAAAAGAGAAGAACUUUACACUCUUGAUGAAGAAUUACCCAAAAGAGUGAGAGCCCGCUUUUCUACAGCUUCUGAUAUGAGGUUUGAAGAUACGUUCUAUGGUGCCGAUAUUAUCCAAGGACAAAAGAAAAGGCAGCGGGUAUUGAGCUCCAGAUUUAAGAAUGAGUACGUGGAUGACCCCGGCUACCGCAGUUUCCUGAAAGCCUCAUUCCAAAAGAAGUGCCAAAAAGGACUAUAAAAAAAGGAAAGAUUUCAAAUUCACUUUCUCUUGGGGUAUGAAGAGCAUGAAUGUAUUCCCUGCUGGGCAAAGAAAAACAAAUGUAAAAUUUUUGAAGAUGUGUUCUCUUAUUCAUUCAGGUGUCUACCUAGUGGUUAAAUGCAUUAAAUACAUGUAUAUCAAGAAGUUUUCUCCAAAGUAUUUGGAACCCUUUGAAAUGUCUUGAUCUAGGGCUCCAAUGUGGACUUACUUUAUUAAACAUUUGAAUCAAUUUGUGUUGAUCAACCUCAGUUUUGAAACCCUACUGACUAGCAGGAGUAAAAGUGACAGUCAGUGAGUGUUUUGCCUCAAUUCCCUGAUAUUUAAAAAUUACCUAUCUAGAUAGGAAUCUCCACCCCCAAAUAAUUUGUACAAGUUCCACCAGUUUUAGCUUUCUACAGCAUUCGCUAAAACAAAUGCAAGUAUAAAGAGCAUUACGAUCUGUAAGUACUGUGCUGCUCAUCACUUUGCACAGGGCUUUUCACACUAUUUAUGCCUUUACUACUUACAGUACUACUAGUAGUACUCUUUGGCUAGGUUUAAGUUAACAUGGGAUUUGGGAGGGGGUGUUAAUAAAAGACAGGUGUUUUUAAUGAAGGAUAUCUUUAGGAAUGGAAUGGGCGUGUAUAUUUAAAGGGGGAUAUUUUUGGCAUCUAUUUUUAAACUUUUUUUCAAGAUGUUCUUGGGGAAAGAGCAAUUUGUACAAUAAAUGCCUCAUUGUGUUUAUAAAAUUACAGUUUACAUAUCUUUGCUUAGCAGGCCAGUUUUGAAUUAAUGUAAUAUAGAAAAAUAAUUUUGUCUUCCCUUUAUAAAUAAUAGUCUGCAAAUGUAAUAGUGUUUGAAAUAAAUAAAUAAUGUCUCUUUGCUUA